GGCAAAACAUAUGUAAAAUGAAGUAUUGGUGGAUAUUAUUAAUUGUGUUUUUAUUGAUUUUAUUUGUAGCUUUGAUUUUAAUAAUGAUAUAUAUAUUGUAUAAUAUAUACAACAAAAGCAAAACCAAGAGUAUUGGUCCUCAACCGGGAUCUAAGGUAAAGAAGAGAUCGACAAAACUUUUAUAUAAGAGUUCGGACAUUGAAUCUAAUUAUAUGACAAAAACACAACCAAUAAGUAAUACCAAUGAGAAUGAGUUUAAUAGUAUUGAUGUGAAUGAAUGGAAUUCCUAUAAUAAGACACAAUCGACUUUAAGACUAACCGGUUCUCCUGAUAGUCGACGUACACCACAAUCUCCGACACCAGCGGUCGACAAAUACUGUGAUUAUAGUCCACACGAUUUUCGUUCAGUUGAAGACUCAACAAAUAUUGGCACUAAUCAUGAAAAGACAGUCAAAGACAAAAAUAUCGACUCAGAGACAGUUGUAUUGACCGAAAAUAAAGCAACAGAUAGUAAUAGUAGACUCACUAAUAGUAUAGACUCUACAGAACUAAAUCAUUGA